AUGAACCAACCAUCCAGAACUGACGACGCUCUCGACCACCCAGGCUGGAAUCAGAAUCCGCCUCCUCUCAACGCAGAUGCAACAACAAGAAAUGAUUUCAAUGGCAUAGUCAAUCUUCGAGAUCGGAGGAAUCAUUCAUUACAGACGACGACUUCACCAGAUGGGGUGGCCCGAAUAGAGGUGGUACCUCCUAAUCCAAAUGAGACGGUACCGUCAAAGGCAGCUGUUGAAACCAGUCAAAAAGGAGUACUUGCUACUACAAUGUCCACACCACAGACACGCAGCAAAGCUCUCACAAUCUCCGUCUCAGUCCCAAGCUUUCUUCGACCCAUUGUCAAAUUCGCCUCGUUCAUCGGUCCAGGAUUCCUGAUUGCUGUUGCAUACAUCGAUCCUGGCAACUAUGCUACAGAUGCCGCUGCCGGUGCUGAAAGUAAAUAUGCUUUACUUUUCGUUGUAUUGAUGUCUAAUUUAUUUGCCGUCUUUUUGCAAUCUCUGUGCAUCAAAUUGGGAAGUGUGACCGGGCUCAACCUUGCUGAGAAUUGUCGAGCUCAUCUUCCAAAGUGGCUUAAUAUUUGCUUGUAUAUUCUGUCAGAAGCUGCUAUUAUAGCUACUGAUAUUGCCGAGGUAAUCGGCUCAGCCAUUGCGUUGAAUCUUCUACUAAAAAUUCCCUUAGUAGCAGGAUGCGUCAUCACAAUGGCCGACGUCCUAAUUCUUCUCAUCUUCUACCGACCUCAGGGAUCAAUGUGGGGUCUUCGCGCCUUUGAAAUUUUUGUGAUGCUCCUCGUGCUCGGGGUGGUGGUAUGUUUCUGUAUACAACUGUCUUUACUCAAGGCACAAUCCGUGGGUGAGGUGUUUCGAGGAUAUCUCCCUUCAGCAGCGGUCGUUGAGAGUAAGGGUCUCUAUCAGAGUUGUGGUAUUCUUGGUGCAACCGUUAUGCCUCAUUCGCUUUUCCUAGGGAGUGGAUCUGUCCAGCCCCGGCUUAAAGAGUAUGACAUUGACGCCGGAUAUAUUGAGCCUUCGGGGCAAGGCGAGGUGUACCGUCCUUCGAUACAUGCGAUCCGCGGCUGCUUGAAAUAUUCUAUCAUCGAAUUGAGUCUGUCUCUAUUCACAUUUGCUCUAUUCAUCAACAGCGCCAUUCUCAUCGUUGCCGCUGCGGCUCUAUACGGUACCCCCGGCGCCGAUAAUGCAGACCUAUUCGGAAUACACGACCUUCUUUCACAAUCCAUCGCACCCGCUGCGGGCACCAUUUUCGGUCUCGCUUUGCUGCUUUCGGGUCUAUCUGCCGGUAUCGUCUGCACCAUAGCCGGACAAAUGAUCAGCGAAGGUAUGAUCAACUGGAGUUGUCGACCGUGGAUCCGUCGACUUCUCACUCGAGUCAUCAGUAUUGUGCCGAGUGUUAUCAUAGCUGCAUCCGUGGGUCGUGAGGGACUAGAUACCGCGCUGACUGCAUCCCAAGUGGUUCUGAGUGUCAUAUUGCCCUUUGUCGUUGCGCCACUUAUCUACUUUACGGCGAGGAAUAAGUUUAUGACUGUCAGGAGUGAAGCCGUUGAUUUGUCUCAAACGAGUACAGAGGCUCAAGCUCUGGCCGAGGCAGCGGUCAAGAUGAGGAAUGGCUGGCCUGUAUCGGCGCUGGCGGGUGUGAUAUGGGUUGCAAUAACUAUUAUGGACGUUGCUUUACUAGUACUAAUUGGCAUGGGAUUGGCGUGA